UGCCACGUGAUUAAAACCCGCGCUUAAGCGGUGAGCCUUGCAAGUUCGCAACGUUAACAUCCAAUUCCCAAACCAAACGGUCAUAUUUUCUUUCAUUUAAAUUUCAAAUCCACUCACUCUCUCUCUCUCUGUCUCUCUCUCUCAAGAUCUUUCUCUCUCGCUCUCUCUGCGCGUCCGAAUUUGAACCAGAAUUAGAAUUCAGUGCUCCAACAGUCUCCGGUUGAAUUGAAUUAUGAAUACUCGAAAUCGAUUCCUCUUCGGUUGCUCUUGUUUGGGGACGAAGACCGCGAUUGAGGAGACGUCGACGAGCUGCUAUCGGCUUCCAGGUUUCCCUUUUUCUUCUCUUUAAUUUCUCGCUUAUUUUCUCUUCUUUAUUUUGUGCCCAAGAAAAAAUUAGGGUUUUUGCUGCUGCAUUUGUUUUGUUUUGAAUUGCAUUGAAUUGAAAUCGCGUUUAGCAAUGGAGGUGGGUUAUUACGGUAUGCCAUUGGGUUUUCGGUUUCAUCCUACUGAUCAAGAAUUGGUCAGUUCCUAUCUUCGCGACAGAGCCCUCUCCGGAAAGCCCUUGGGCAAGCCGUUUAUUCAAGAGUUCAAUCUCUUCGGACAAACACCACCGUGGGUGGUUUGGGAGCAGUUCGGCGAAAAUUCCCUACUCGAUCAGGACUUGUUCUUCUUCUACGAGCUGCGUUCUAGAAGUGACAGCGAUAGCCGCAGCAAACGCCAGAUUGAAGCCGGAGGCACUUGGAGCGAAACAUCCUCCGACAAAGUUUUAGGUUUGGACGGAAUUCCAAUCGGGGACAAAGGGCAUUUCAGGUAUAACAACAAGGGUUCUAAUAACAAUGGCGGCUGGCUGUUAGAAGAAUACAGUCUUCUUCCUAAUGUAGUUGCUGGCCCAAAGGUCGUUCUUUCCCGACUUAAAAUGAAUCUGAGGUCUAGGUGUGGAAGCAAGAUGAAUUCCUCAAGUCCAACUCACGACUUCAAUGAGAAGCCACCGAUUAAGAGGGCAAGAAAAGAAGUAUCGAAUGAGAAGCCGCUGAUUAAGAGAAAUAGAGCAAGAAAAGAACCGGGUUCACAAAAACAUUCUAAUGUGAAUGUGAUCACCAAUACCCCUGCUGUUGUGCCUUUUGUUGGAAUUGAAAGCAAUAUGAUUACUGACACUAGGUAUGAUGAUCAGGAGUGCAUAACCAACAUUAACGGCAAUAUGAAGCCGACUGAUUUCUCUGAUCCGGAUUCUGUGAUAUUGAUGAGUGAUGUUCCUUCUUAUCCCAUAUGCUUGGACAGCGACACUAGCAAUCACGACCAGGGGUGCAUAAGCUACAUUAAUGGAAAUGUGAUGCCCUUUCCCACUCAUAUUUCAGAUCAUGAAUGUGUGCCACUGAUGAGUGAUGUUCCUUCUUCUCCGAUAUUCUUGGGCGGCAGGGAAUAUCCUUUAGAUGGUGAAGCAGUGCGUGGAGACAUUAAAGAAUGGUUGACAACGCUUGAAGGUAAAUUGCCCCAGGAGUGGCCUCAAAUUGACGAAUUCAGCCAACUGUUAGAUGGGUUCAAUUACUGGACAGACUGUUUGUGGAUGAGCGAUUCUGUGAAUGAUCAAUAAAGGGACGUAGAGGUGACAGCAGCUGUCUAAUUUCCAUGGCGUGCAUAUAGAAGCACAUUCUUUAUUUCUCUAACUCCGCCUGUGUAAGUUUAUCUUACGCUGCCGGUCCCAAGCCCGGAUAAAGGAGGAGGGGGAGGGCGUCAGGUAGUCAACAACCGGCACUUCGUUUUCACAUCGAUUCCCUAUGAGUUCUUUAAUUUCUCUGCUCAACAGGAUGGUCGUGAUUCUAAAAAAAUGAAGCACUUUAUUCUCUCUUUACAAAUUGCAUCUCUUUAAGUACGAGGUAGGAUGCGGAGCUCACAUGCUGUUUCCUGUGUACUUGCAGUUCUUUUGGUGUGGAUUUCUUCACCGUGUAGGACUAGUUUUUGAAGCUACUGUCUCUUAGGUUUUCAGUUUCAGUAGCUGUUGAUGCGUCUGAUAUUAUGUAUGUCACAUUCGUGAGAGCAUGACAGUCCUCAUUUUGAUCAUUUGAAAGAAAUGCCUUCAAUUGCAUUUCUGAUGUGUCUGGUAUUAUUUUUAUGUUUGCUAUCAUUUGGCAUUCAUAGAGACACACUAAGAUGAACAAGUAAUAUAAAUUAUCUCAAUAUUCAAAAUUUGUAAAGGGUCAUCAAUUUCCUGGUUUCCACGUCAGGUAUUAAGAGAGACACGAUGAUGGGGAACAUUGCACUCAUAGAUGAAGAUAUUGCAGCAAAAGAAGUUCGCAUUGAGACAUUCACGGGCCUUGCUGAGUUUGAUGGACACGAGCAUGUUGAUUCAGAAUUCAACGAAGAUGAUUUCUCACUGCAUGCGUCUCUUUGUUAGUUUGAUUGUAGAGCGUUUCUCAUUGUGUAGAUGAAUGAACCACAAAGUGAAAAUCUGGAUGCUUAUAACAGUCUUGGUCAGUCUUUUAACAAUCA